UGACGCUGGUGGUAGCUAUCUUUUCUUGGGCAGUGCAAUCACACUGCCCUAUAAAGGAUAAGGCACACUGCCAAAUGUUGAAAAAUGAGGCACCAAGCGUUGAAAAAGAGACGCCAAGCCUGACCCUGUAAUUAUGGCAUGCCUCGAGCCGAGUGUAAAAUAGUGAUGGUCAUUGCUCUAUAAGAGACUCCAUAUCUGUAUAAGGCAAGCCACCCUUCUUGAGCUCAGUCUUCUCUCCUUUGUGUUAUUCUCCGAUCAGGUACUCUCAUCCCUUUUGUAAAGUUUAUAGUUCUUUACUUUCUUCUUAGUAUAGUUAAAAAAAAAAAAAAUGGAUCUUUAUCUCUCAAAAAUUCACAAGUACUAUCCAUCUCUCCCGCAGAAUGAUUUGAAAAAAAUUUAUGUUGCUAGGUGUGAAAGACUUAGGUUGUUGAUGCUUAAUAACAUCCCUGAAGAUAUUCGUUGGCUGAUCGAAGCAAAAGUUCGAUUAGCUGGUGAAACUUCACCUAGUUUUAAGCAUUUUCCAGGCUUAGGGAAGAGUAGUUUUGCGAAGAAAAGAAGAGCGAAAAGAGUGAAUGGUUGUUACAAAUGUGCUCGAUGGACCUGUAACACACGAUGCAAAUCUGUGGGGUUUACGUCCAUAAAUCGAGAAGAUAAAAUUAGUUUCAUAAAGGAUGGACUGAGUAAGGAGUCUUUGGAUGAUAUCCGAUUGACUCUUGAGACGCAUCCAUGUGGAAUAGUGCAAAGAGAACUUCUUGCUUUAUGGACCCAGUUCAGAAGUGACCACCAACGCUAUAGUCUUGGGAAUCUGACUAAAAACGACCCUGUUUGCCAAUCUAUAAGAAAAUUGGAUGGGAAGCUUAUCCCCGCUUCAUAGAAAGUGUUUAAGCCGUUUCUGGACGUAAAACCAGAGGAAGAUGUGAGCCACAAUCACAACUACUUAUACAUACGCAUGAUUUUUGUUUGUAUUUAUUUCUUGUUGAAUUGUUGUAUAGCUACUUUUGAUCGCUAAAUCUCUUUCCAGGGCAUACAAAAGGAACAAACAUGGAAGGUCAGUUAGUUCGUCGAAUCAAAACCAUAUGUGUACUUUGUGGCUCUCAACUUGGGAGUGAUAUUUGUUACGCACUUGCAGCAAGCGAACUAGGCAAAAAAUUAGGAGAGAAAAAAAUUAAUUUGGUAUAUGGAGGGGGAAGUCGUGGAUUGAAUGGUUAUGUUUCACAAGCUGUACAUCUUGGAAAUUCAUUUGUGGUAGGUGUAAUGCC